AUGGGCUACUUCCCUUGCGUGGUAGCUCUCCGCGAAUGGAGGUCAAGAGGAAGAUCACACGGAGAUAUUGCGGGAAGUUGGAGAAAGUUUAUUGUAAACGAAGACAUACUCGAAAUGUUUGGAAAACAGUCAUUUAUCAAGAGAAAAUUACAGUAUGGGGACAGAAAUCCAUCUGUUUCUAACUGUAAUACAGGGACAUUGUCAAGAGGAUUUGAGAACAGUUUCCAAGAAGACAAAAUCUCACGUCACAGAAAGUCAGCUCAACAUGACAUAGUUGAAAAGUGGGAAACAGCUGGCAAGGGUUUUGCAGACUUUAAAUUGAUACAAUUAUGUAGUGCUAAGGAUAAACGGAAACGAAAAUUAGCAGAUAUGUCACCAGUGAAAGAAUUGAAAACCCAAACCCAUCUUCUGGAUGAAGAAACAGAUCAACUCUCUAUCAGCUGCCUAUCAAGUGAGGGAAGUGAAAGUGAAAUGGAGGAGAAGAACUUGGUGAUAAAAAAGCAGAAGAAGAGAUGUAUAGCUAUUACCCAUGCUAAAAAGACCACGCCUAAGUCAGUGAGGGAAGUUUCUGGUGUGACACUAAAUGAUGUAGACCUGAUAGAUUGUGAAGAAGAAGAGUGGAGCAGAUCGCCACCCAGUAAGCCAGAGGAUUUGGAGGAAUAUCAGACUGUUCAACAGGAUUUGCGUGAGUGUAUUUCAUCGUACGACUCUGAGUCUGAAGAAGUGAGCAUGCAGACAGUCAGUCGGCCCGACCCCUCAGAGAAAGCAACAGACGAUAUCUCCAUCCCAUCUUCCAGAACCACUUCACCCAAGGUUUCUCCAUCACAGGCAGCCGGGAAAAUGAAGGCUGGAGAUUGGUUAAAAAAUAUUCAGUGGCAGGGAGGAACGCCCAAAAAAAGCACCUCCAACAAUGAAAUGUCAGAAAAUUUGGAAGACUCUGCUAAGAAGAAAAAGAAGUAUGCUAGAUGCAGCAUGGCUGAGCAGCUGUGUAAGUUGCAGAGUAGAGAGAAAUCCGCUCAGACAGUCUGGUACCACAAAGUCCGGGAACAACACCACUCUGCUGCUGACUCCUCCAUGGAAUGUUCGAAGUUCAUAAAAGUACAGUUGAGCUCCUUAGAAACCAGCUGCUCCCUCUGUGUGGCUACAUGUACCAUGUUGUCUUGUGAUGGCAUCAGCCAAUCCAGUCUUCAGCCUGUUGUCAUGGUGAUGUUUCCGCAGAACUCCGCCCACUCUCACAAACUAAGGAAAGGAUUAGCUGUUAGAAUACACCCUCCAUGGCAGACUUUAGACAUGCCAGCACUAGGUCAUCAGGUACUGCUGUGUGUAUACUACUCCGUACUAGACCCUGUUCCCAGUGGUACCAGUGACUCAACCAUGAAUGAUGCUACUGUUCAUGAUAAAGAUUUGAAAUCAUUCAGAGCUGUGUGGCGGUGUCCAUGUGUUCAAGGUGACUGUCCGCCAAAGAGCUGCCCAGUCCAGUUAUACCCUUGUCCUACAACUCUCUCCAUAGACACACAGUCUGUGUCAGGGAUCACUUCUACAGGAGGUGCAGGUGGGGAUAACCCCAGGCUUCACACCAUUCUGAACUCACAGAUCCCAGGGCCGAAGCUGUCCGAGUCUAUACUUGACAGCAUAGAGAAGACUGGCCAUUGUACAGACAAAGGCCUGAGCUUCCAGGCCACAAUCUGCAGAGUAUUCUGCCGAAGGCUCAAAACACAGCCUUAUCUGAGCUGGAGUAUUCUGGCAGAAGACAGUCAUGGAGUGUUUGCUGUCAUCCAGUUGCCCGAUCAUUCCAGUCACCUGGAGAACUGGAGGGAUGUAUUGCAGUGGGAGAUGCAGAGCAUUACAGUGACAGCUGUCACUUUACUGAGUAGAACCAACAAGGAGAGGGAUCCCUGUCUUUUUUCUGUGUUGGAGAGUGUCUGGGGACAAACAGCACGGCCAGAACUGGAAAGUAGCACAAAUGACUCAAGCUCACAAGUUGAGACAGUACCACGCCCUGCUCCUGGUUUUUGUUAUCUGAUGAAAGCCUGGCAUGAGAGGAGCGGAGUUCAACUGUCACAUGACCUUCCACAGACCUCUGACCCUCGGUUAAAGGUCACAUCGUAUGAACUAAAAAACAUUUUGAAUUCUUCACCUUGUGUGACAGAUGCUGAUAGCAGGAGAUCAUUUCUAUUCAAAGUGUUUUACGUUGAUGAAGUGUCUAUAAAGAAGGAGAGAAGACCAUAUGAUACUUGCUGUCAAGUGGUAUAUGUAUAUGACCAAUCACUGACGUCUGGAUCCACAGGCUCCGCCCUCACUCCACGUUUGUACCUGAUGGAGUCGUGUGAACUGAGUAACAUGCAGCUAGAUCCGGGGGACCUGGUGUUUGUGAGAGAUGUUUAUCACUGUCAUGGAAAGCUGAUUGCUGACGAUUACACACGAGCUGUGAAGAUGACCAAUGAGCAUCAGAGCUACUCCCCUUGGGUACCUGAAGGGUUAGACUUAGAGUUAAUUGCCUUGAGGAAGUCUGUCAUCAGACCAUUCCCUCUAACCCAGGACACAGCUCUAGGAGAGUUGGUAUCUGUCACAGGCAAAAUAUCUUAUGUAAAUGAAGAGGAGUGUUACAUAUGGCAGCAGUGUGAUCAGUGUGAUAACAGUAAUUUGACCUCUGACCCCCAGACCAGGACCAAAAUCAGUGUUGAGACUGGUAACCAGUCUCAGUUGGGUCUGUAA